AUACAUCUAGGAUUUUACUCAGUAUUCAUGAAAGACUGGCUAAAGGUUUUCCCGAGAGGGCAAUUUUACAUAACAACAACUGAGAUGUAUUCCCAGUCUCCGAGUCAGAUCCUGCAAGAGGCAUUUGAUUUUCUUGAUCUACGAAAGCUUACUCAGAAAGAAGUAGAUCAAUUUGGAAGAGCUGAAAGGAAGUACGUCACAAAGAAUAAAGAAAAGGCGGGAAAAAUGUUGAAGAAGACAAGAGAUAUUCUUGAGCGGUUGUAUGGAACAUUUACUAAAGAGCUAGCAACUAUUCUUGACGAUGAUAAAUAUCUGUGGUAGAAGACUGUUCAAACCUGAGACAAUCUAGUUUGUUUCUAGUGUCAAUAAUAAGGUCUCAAUUCCGGCGCCUCCCGGAGCACUUCUUGAUUGAGUAUAUGCAAGUUAGCGUUUUCAAUGUUUGAUUGUGAGUCGAACAAUAUUUUUGAAGUAAAGAUGCUAGAAAACUUCUCUGAUUAUUGAAAUGAACUCUGCGCGAACAAUUAUUUCUUUACGCUAGUCCUUUUAAAAUACAACCUACCGGUAAUAUGAUAUUGAGUGGAUAAGUACAUUUGAGACAGACAGUGUGCUUGCAUAA